AUGACGAAUAUGUUAAAUGGCUACAUACUGUAUCGGCUGAUGGUUGAUAGAAACAACAAAACCACGCAUCCACGACGGCAUAGUUUAAUGCCUUUUUCUGAGGGUCAAAAAACUUAUGUUUCUCAAUCAUCACGCAAAUCACUCUUCGAACCACUCUGCUUGCCAAUGAUUCAACAUGUACCUAUCAGGCAGAGGUUAAGCUCAACUGGAUACGAUGGCUCAACAGAUGUAUGCAGUGAUUUGGAUCCAUCAUUGGUUGUUUCUUCUAAUCCAUAUUUGUAUCGUCGACGACGAAUGUCAUUGUUGCAAACGUUAAGAUAUCAAAAUAGAUUGCUAGCAGAUAGUGGAAUCGAAUGUCGUAAUCAACAAUCUGAUCGAGGUAGUGAAACAGCAAGAGGUCAACAUUCAGACCAAUCAUCGCCAUUUUCAUCUUCGGAACCAAAAGAUUCAAGAAGAAGUUCUUCUAUUGCUAAAUUGAAAAAUAAGACAUUUGCAUUUUUUGGAAAGCGUUCAUCGAAACGAAAUCAAAAUGGCAAUGAUGAAAUUUCCAGUAAUGAAUGCACCAAAUAUUGUCAAAGUAAUGAAACCGAUCAGCCAAUUUAUUCUUCCAUUGAUUUAAGUGCAAAAGAAGCUCGACAUGGUAAAUCACCAUCAACGAAUGAUAGCGGUCAUGAAAGUCAAGGGCGAAUUGUUACCGAUGAGGAAUAUCAGGAUGAUAAGAGUGAUUGUUGUAGUAAGCAGCAAGAAAUUGUGGCUAUAAUUGAACAAUCAUCGGAUAUUCAUUCCGGAACAAAAAUAAAGGUUAUAGGUCAACAGAAGUGUCCAAAUUUAAUAAAAAGCAUAUCAUGCCCUCAAUUUGGAUUAAAUUCGUUAAUUUGUCAUGAAAUUUGCCGUCGAACGAUAUCAAAUCGUCAGGAAUUCAUAGAUGAUACGGAUAGUGGGGAAGAUAUUGAUGAUAGUGAAACUUUCAUAGCAGUCAGCAGGAAACCUGAUAAGAAUCAAUCCAAGCAGAAUGUAAAUAAUAGCACAUCGACAAAAUCGCUGUUAAGCAUCGCUAGCUGUGAAGCAACAGAAUGUAUUAUUGAAAGUGAUAAAUUCAGAUAUGCAGCGAAAUUGAAUCGAGAUUGCAGUUUACUUGAAAAUAAUAAAGAUAAAGGAAAUAGUAUCAAUGAUGAUGAAUUGCCUUUUUCACAACAACAACAACAACAGCAACAACAACAGCAACAACAACAACAACGACAACAGAAUUUGCGAAUCGCAAAAAAAUUGCAACAUCUAAAGUUAUAUAAUGGAUAUGUGAGUGGACAAUCUGGAUAUAUUUCAUCGAAAUAUGGAAGAAAUUCAUCAAUGUCAUGUAUUUCUACGGAAACCAAAAACAAUGAUGAUGAAAAAGAGGAUAAGAAAAGCCAAUCGGAGGAAACUUUUUUGCAAAGUGAAAUAGGAAAAGAAAUACUUAGUUAUUAUCCAGAAUUGGAUUCACUUCCUUCUUUCUAUUCGGAUGAUGAUGAUGAUGAUGAUGAUAAUUUAUCAUCAUUAAUGCUCGAUCAUUAUAUGCCAUCGAAAUAUAGUACCUCGAGCGAUGGGAAGAACGAUAGCCAUCGGUCAUCUUCUUUAUCAUCGCUUAACACUCAUUCAAAUAUCGAACAGAAUAUCGUAGAAGGCGUACAUUUUACGGAAUGUUUCAUUGAAGAUGAAAAUUUAAUACUACUAUUUAGUGAUUAG